AUGAAUGGGUCUCCUCGACGCCCAGUGCGGAUUGCGGGAGCUUCAGGAGGAGUGUACGACAGGAAGCGAGCCAUCCACGACCUCGCAAAGAACGAAGACUUGGACUUUAUUGUCGGAGACUGGAUGUCCGAGGCGAGCAUGACACUCCGAGGCGCUGACAAGUAUGGAAAGAAUGAAGCGUCGCUAGUGGGAAAAGGCUACGAACCCUACUUUCUCGAACAGCUCGAGCCAGCAUUGCCAUAUCUGGAAAAGAAAGGUAUCAAGCUCUGUGUCAAUGCUGGAGGAAGCGACGUCGAGGGAUUAGCGCUGGCGGUCCGAACCCUCAUCAAGCGUCUGGGACAUAAUCUCUCGGUGGGUUAUGUGGAUGGGGACGAUGUCACGGAGACCGUCUUCGAUUUGAUGAAAAAGAAAGAGAGAUUUGUGAACCUCUCCACCGGCACACCCCUGAGUGAAUGGGGGCUCGAACCGAUAUGUGCACAGUGCUACCUGGGUGGAAGCGGCAUCGCCGCCGUCUUUGGGGCUGGAGCCGACAUUGUGAUCUGCGGACGAGUGGCCGACGCCUCUGUCUGCGUCGGGCCCGCAAUGUACUGGCAUGGCUGGACCCGAGACAACAUGGACGAGCUCGCCGGCGCCCUGAUGGUUGGGCACAUCAUCGAGUGCAGCACGUACGCGACUGGCGGAUACUUUUCUGGGUUCAAGCAACUCGGAGUGCACGACACAGAUAUGGGCUAUCCUAUCGCCAUCAUUGACCAUCGAGGGGAGGCCAUCAUCACCAUGGAGCAGGGCCGAGAUGGUCUGGUCUCUCCCGAGACGGUCAUCAGUCAACUGAUGUACGAAAUUCAGGGGCUUCACUACUACAACUCGGACGUUACGGCCUAUCUCCAUUCUAUGCAGGUGAGCAGCAUUGGGCAGAACGAGGUCAAGGUCUCAGGCGUCAAAGGUCUUCCCCCACCGCCCACGACCAGGGUGGGAAUCACCGCCAAGGGAGGAUAUCAGGCAGAGUUCCACUUCUAUCUGACGGGACUUGACAUCCAAGAGAAGUUUGAAAUGGUCAAGAGGCAGACUCUAGCAACCAUGGGCGACAACGUCAAGCACUUUUCGUGCCUCACCUUCACCAUGGCGGGAGUGGUGGCCGAGAACCCCCAGAGCCAGGAUGAGGCCACGGUCGACAUGCGCAUCUUCGCUCAGUCGCGGACGCCAGAAAUCCUCUCGGCGGGAGGCCUGGUCGAGUCAGACCGCGGGUCGUUCGCUCGUUAUUGCAUCGAAAACCUCCUCCAAGGCUACCCCGGCUCCACCAUGGCCAUCGACAUGAGGCAGGCGAUUGGCAAACCAUUUUUCGAGUACUUUCCGACGCUGCUCAGUCAAACCCUUGUCAGAGAGAUCGCCCACUUCCCUAACAGCGACGCCCUGAGGGUUGAGCCGCCGCGGUUGACAAAAGAAUACCCUCCAGGUCAACAAGCGUCCAGUGACACGGAGAAUCCUGCCGAUCUGGCUCAGUUUGGGCCCACAAAGCCAGCUCCAUUGGGAUUCAUUGCAUAUGGGCGGUCCGGUGACAAGUCUUCUAAUUGCAAUGUCGGCAUCUUCGUUCGGCGCGAAGAUGAAUGGGACUGGCUGCGCACCGUUCUGUCCACCGACAAGAUGAAACAACUACUGGCAAAAGACUACAAGGGCGGUCGGAUUGAGCGAUGCGAGAUGCCCGGUCUUCGAGCAGUCCACUUCCACCUCGUGGACCAUCUGGAGCGAGGCUACACGGCAACCAGUGGUUACGACUGCCUGGGGAAGAACUGUUGCGAAUACAUUCGGGCCCGGGUACUGGACAUUCCGGUCAGAUUCUUAGAGCGAGGUAGAGUUUGA